AUGGGUUCGCCAGACGGGCAACGCCGCAGAAGAACCUCUAGUGCAGAACGCCGCGCUCCCUACACCAGCCCUGCCGAAUACUACGACAACGAACAAGAUGUGCGCGAGCAACUCCUAGGUGCUUCGAACCGGAACAUCUCAUCCUACGUCAAGCCUGCUCGCCCUCGUGCCUUCAGCGCAACAAAAGACUGGAAGCACACGAGACGUGCUAGUCAUGAUGAGUACACACAGCAGAACCAGGAGCUACUGGUGAGAGUCGACCAGACACUGAAAGAGUUGCUGGAAAAGGAAGACAUCGACGGCGACCAUCAAAUCACCGUCGACGAUCAUGGACCGAAGCAGAUCGCCCUCGGCACCCUAUCAUCUGCCGGCUACAAGAGUGCCGACAUUCGGGGGAAUUACAUGAUCAGCAACCUCCUCCAGGAAUUGACACUGGCAAAAGCCCUGGGCAAGACCAUCGUCAAGAUCCAUCGUUCUCGUCUCAAUGAGAAUCCGGUCGACCGGCUGUCCAGGCGCAUCAAGGAAGAGUUCUGGAAGAACCUCGAACGGCGACUUGACAGCGACCUUAUCGCGAAGGCUGGCAAGGACCCCAAAGAUCGUACAGCGAAACCGAGACCACGAAUUUACGUUCCGUUCGGCUGUCCGGAGCAGUAUGACUACUACCGUAAAGUAUCGGCUGAGAAUCCUGAAAUCAACUUGGACGUCAUCAGACUACCUGAAAAUGGCGUGGACGAUCCCAAAUUUGUACGCUCGCUCAACACUCAGCCUGGAAUUCUAGCGCUCUCCAUGAACGUGAUCAAGGAGAACGGGAAGGAGACAUUCAAAGGAGAGCCUUUCAUCGUUCCUGGAGGGCGCUUCAACGAGCUAUAUGGCUGGGACAGUUACAUGACUUCUCUUGGGCUGAUCGAAGAUGGGAAGGUCGAGAUGGCCAAGUCGAUGGUCGUCAACUUUGCGUUCUGCAUAAAGCAUUACGGCAAAAUCCUCAAUGCGAACAGAUCCUACUAUCUGACUCGGUCGCAGCCUCCGUUCUUGACAGACAUGGCUUUGAAGGUAUACGACAAGAUCAAGCAUCAGGAAGGCGCUCUGGACUUCCUGCGUCUCGCUGUUCUUGCUGCGAUAAAGGAAUACUACAACGUAUGGACAUCAGAACCUCGUUACGACCCCGUCACUGGCCUUUCACGCUAUCGUCCUACUGGCAUCGGGAUUCCACCCGAGACCGAGGCGUCCCAUUUCACUCACCUACUUCAACCAUACGCCGACAAGCACGGCAUGACUUUCGAUGCCUUCAUUGAGGCAUACAAUAGUGACGAAGUCGACGAACCAGACCUCGACGAGUACUUUCUGCACGAUCGAGCCGUACGAGAAAGUGGUCACGACACGACCUACAGACUCGAGAAGGUUGCUGCGAACCUGGCAACGGUGGAUCUAAAUUCUUGCCUGUACAAGUAUGAAAUCGACAUCUCCUGGUGCAUUCAGCGGUACUUUAAGGAUCGACUAGCCAUUCCUGUCGAGUUCCAGACGAGCGCCAACCGCUUGGACGCACUCGAGACGAGUGCUACAUGGGAUCGUCGUGCUAAAGCCCGCAAGGCCCGCAUGGACAAGUAUCUUUGGAAUGAGAAGAAAGGCAUGUACUUUGACUACGACACGGUGAGGAAGACACAAGGCACAUAUGAAUCAGCCACAACGUUCUGGGCCAUGUGGGCAGGUGCAUCCACACCGCGACAGGCCGCGUCCCUUGUGCUGAAAGCCCUGCCAAAGUUGGAAGAGCGUGGUGGAUUGGCAGCUGGCACAAAAGCAUCCUUGGGUACCGUUGACCUACACGAACCGAACAGGCAAUGGGAUUGGCCCAGUGGUUGGGCACCUCAGCAGAUGCUAGCUUGGGGAGGUCUGAAGCAGUUUGGAUACAAUGACGAGUGCCAGCGGUUGGUCUACAAGUGGCUACACAUGAUUCUGACAUCGUUCGUUGACCACAAUGGAGUUGUCGUUGAGAAGUAUAAUGUCACAGCCAAGCGAGCUGCGCAUCGGGUUGAUGCUGAAUAUGGGAACCAGGGAGCUUCUUUUAGCGGCGCUCCAUUGGAAGGCUUUGGCUGGGUCAAUGCAUCGUACGUUUAUGGUCUGACAUUGAUCAACUCGCACAUGCGGAGAGCUCUAGGGACUUUGACCGAGUGGGACGUCUUUGCGAAGGCAACAGAGGUCAAGUUGGAUGGGUUCAGUGCCAUGACGAUCGACGAGGCUGCAGAGGAGUCUGCUCGUACCGAAGCUGCUGUGGAAGAAUUUGGCUAUCGCGGCACCAGCGACUCGAUAGCUGUUCAGGACAACCAGUAA